GAAAGUUGUCAUAAUCAUACAUAUACCUUUCCUGAAUUUAAAGAUUUAUACUUUAAAAAUUUAAUAUUACUAGGGUUCGAAAAUUUUUUAAUAGAUCAAGACAUAUCAUUACAUUUUAAUAAGGAUAUAUUUGAUAACACAAAUCUACCUGCCCUAAGAGUUAUUAUAUAUUUUCUUUUAAGCAAAUAUGAUACGCACGAAUUACAUAAGAGAUUUAAGCAAAUCUUGCUGGCCAAUUUAUGAUAAAAGACAAGAACGAGAUUUUAACACAAUUGCUAAAAAUUGGAUUAUAACUAUUAACCAGAAUGAACCAAAUGCAUUACUUGGACAUAUAUUUACCUCAAUAUUGGUGUGUCCAUUUCAUUCUAAAUUAUAUAAAUUUUUAGCCAAAUUUUCACGAUUUAUUAUAUGUCACUUAUUGAAUAAAAAACAUGUAACAACAUCUUAUUUUGUUGAACAUAUUUGUGACUAUAAUGACCUAACUCAAAAUAUUAUUGAUGAAAACAAUUGUAUAGAUGAUGAUUAUAACGAAUUUAAAUUAUAUUAUUUUCAAAUAAAGAGCAACUUAAAAGAUGAUCAUUUGAAAAUUAUCAAUAAACUUAUGAAUAAUUAUGAAAACAAUAAAAAUGACUCUAAUAAUAUUAUUAUUUAUGAAAAGAAAUUGAGAGAAAAAUUUGCCUAUGAAAAAAAAUUGCAAAAGAAAUAUUUGGAAGGUUUUGAAAAGUUUUCCAUUUUGAAUCAAAAGUUACAUUGUGUUAAUGAAUUUCAGAUGUUGGGAAAAUUUUCAAAUGAUUCAUAUAAAUCUAAUAUUCUUGAUGGCCAAGCAUUUUCAUAUUAUAAAAUGAAUUUAUCAAUUGGAGAAUUUUAUACAAAUGAGGAUGAUUCAAAUAGAGCUAAACACAAUUAUAUGACCAACUCAACAACAUCUUUGGAUUUGAUCAAAAUUUACAAGAUACUUUUGCAGUCCCUACAAUUAUUAAUCAAAAAAAUUGAAAUUAUGAAAGAACAUGAUGCGUUUUCAGAAGACCAUUUUUUUAAAUCGGAAAAGCUAUCAAUAAGAUUAAAGAAUUACCAAGCUGCAAUCGUUCGUAACGUACAUGAAGCUAGGUCUAAACAUGAUACUCAACAGAAUAAGUUAUUAUCUCUACAAUCAAAAGCGAAUUCUUUCACAGAAAAUUUAACAAUCUUGAUAAAUGAAGAAUAUGAUAAAAUUCGUUUAGAUGAGUUCGCGGAAAUCUUCACGAGGCAUCCAUUUAAUCCCUAUGUGAUACUCGAUGAAAUCGAAUCUUUACCAGAUAUAUCAAGCAAUUCAAAUUUUUUACUCAAUAUCAAUACUAUUUUUAUGCCAGGCGAAAACGGUGUUAAAAUGGAUGUUAACACUAAAAAAUCCAAAAAGUUUAUCGAUCAUACCACGUCGACUCGUAUCUCUGUUAAAGAAAAACUAUAUGAUAAGAAAGAAAUUAAUGAUAAAAAAGUUGAUUUGAUUCAUAAUCAUGACUCUGAAAAGGAUCUCAAUAUAAUGUUAAGCGAAAUUUUGGAAGGCAAUGUUAAUAAUAUCACCAAAACAAACGGCAAUAAAAUUUAUGUUAAAAAUUUUUAUCCAAACAUUUCCAAUGCUGUUUCUUUAACAAGCGAUGAUACUUCAAUAAAAAAGAACGAUAAUGCUUAUAUUAAACAGCCAAAUAUUAUUGGUAAUAAUAACCAUAUUAAGUAUUUUAUACCUACAAGCAAAUGUAAGAUCAAAAAUUCAUAUUAUCAAUCCAAAAAAAUAAUCUCAAAUAAGGAAAGUAUCAAUGCCACUAAUGUAUCUGGUGAACCUAUAACCUCUAAUAACAAAAUCAAUGAGAUAUAUGCUGAACAUAUUGGCCAUAAUGUUAUAAAGAGUGAUUACGAUAUAUCCAAUAGCCCAAUUCUAGAAUCGGAAGAAUUGUGCAAUAUCACUAUGCCUACUUUUUUAUGUGAUGAUUAAUUACAAU